CUAAUCAACGGGGAUAUUUUUAGAUCAAAUCUGAAUAAAAGAAUCAACAGUGAAAAUUGUGUUUGUUUAGCGGUGGCUAAGGAAAAUAUUCCGAAAAUAUCAAUUUUUAGUUUUGCGUUAAUAUUAAGGUGCGACAGUAGUGAUUUCUUUGAAAAAAGAAAAAAACAUCAUUCAUCAACCAGUUAAUUGAAAUAUAAUCAUUUAAACACAUUUUUUCGAUAAUAACACUAAUACAAAUACAAUAAAAAAAUGGCUGCUGUUCAACGUAAAUUGGUGCACAAACAAUUCAACUCCCCAAUUGGCUUGUAUUCCCAACAAAAUGUCAAGGAGACCUUAGAUCGUGAAUUGAAAGCUUUUGGUUCUGAUGGGAUUGAAAUUGACGAUCAAAUUGCCAAACCCCUUAACUUGGCUAACUCUGCCGUCUUACGCGCUGUAGAGGAAGAGGAGCAGGAAAUGAAAUGCGAAACAUUUACAACAGGACUGGCAACGGCUAAGAAUGACAAACCCAACCAAAGACAGAGCCGUUCGAGACAACGUUACCAGGAACGGCCACACACACCAUUGCACCAUCAGCAGCUGGAACAAAUCAAAACGCAGUACUUGAGCCAUCAGCACGACAUAACGAUAGACCGUGAUACGGUCCUAAAGAUAAAUCGCCUGGCAACACGAAGAAAUUUACAUAAACGUGAACACAGCUGGCCACCAACAAGUCACCAUGAUAAAGUUGAUGCAAUUGAAUGUGAUGGUGAUGGUGGCGGUGACAAUGAUGAUGAUGAUGACGACGAACAAAUACACUCUGGGAAUGCUAUGGACAAACGGCAUCUACGACAGCAACAACAACAACAACAACAUGUUCGCAGCUCAUCCACUGACAAUGCGUUACAAUUUGACGAAAGCGUCUGUAAACGUCAUGGCAUCGAUGUGAUCCGAGAAAAAUUCAAUAGUCCCACCAGGAUAAUUGAACCCACAGCCAGAGAGGUGAGGUUAAGGCGACAACGAGCCCAGGAACAACCGCAAACAACAGGCCACCAAUCAAGCAGAACCAAGUGCAGGGAACAACGAACAAAGGUACCUGAAAAACAAGAUGUCAUUAAGGAACAAAAAUACCACCACCUCCAGCAGCCGCAGAAAACAACUUUAGAAAAUAAAUCAAAUGAAGAGAUUAUUACAAAAAUUGAGGGUUGCAAUGGAGAGUUGGAGCAAUCUGAUGGCAACCAUAAACAACAACAACUUGGAUUAAAUGAAUCUAAAAAUAUGUUUUUAGAAAAGCCACAACAAGGAGGUAACAACGACGACGAUGACGAAGUCUAUCGCACCACCAGCCUGCCUGCCACAAAGGGAUUUUCCCAUCCCGAAACCAAGGCAGCCGAUGAAGAUAUAGGUUUGGUUGAACCCAGGCGACAAUUCUAUGAACAGUUGACCUCUUGCAAAAAAUGGUUUAGCUAUGAAAACUUGAAUUCAGCAUGCCCCAGUUUGAGGCCAAAGAAAAAAGACCAGCAGCUACAUCCUCGCCACCAUUAUCACCAUCCCAAACGCCAAUCAUACUCCCUGGAAAGGGGUCGAGAUGUCAAGCAUACACGCCGACAAUUACCACCACAAAAGCCGCGAUCUUCAAAUGAAAAUUCACCCAAACUGCAGAGACGUUCCAUAAAAAUGGCCACCGAAAUUAAGAUAUGCUAUGAUGCCGAUGCUGAGGAACAUGAGAUACAAGUGAAAUCCCUUAAUCAUCCCAAGUCGAAGACAAUGGCUGAUGAUUUGGAGAAUGUGCCAUUACCUGUACCGCCAACGGCAAAAUCCGCUAUGAAAAGCCAUCAAAACCACCAAAUACCCAUAAACUUGGACUAUGAGCUGCCACGAGAAGGUGGAGAUUUGAUGUCAACCCCAUCCUUAAGGGAUAACCAAAAAUACAAUGAUGCCUGUAUUUAUUUACGUUCAAUUGAUUUACAAGACAAUACCGUGGCUUACAUACCGGCAGCCAUAACAAUUGUGCCCUCACCCAGUGAGGAACAGAUACAACAAUGGCUGGCUGAAGGAGGGGGCCAACUAAAGGCCAACAUAAAGGAGGAAAAGCAAGAAAAUGAAAAUUUAAUGGGAAAAUUUAAAUUGGAAUCUAUGAAAAUAAACCCCCCUUCCUCAGCAGAAGGAGAAAAAGAAAUGCCAACGCCAACAGCAGAACAUAACACAACAGCAAAACAGCAGGCAAAUGCCAAACACGCCACAGGCCACACACAUGAGGAGCCAGAGACAUACAUAACACGCUUGCCAAGUACACCCAAUGGCAUACAGCUUUCACGUCAAACAAGUGUCAGUGCUAAACGUAAAUCGCAGUCAAGUAAUGUCAGCAACAGUUCCACAGCAUCAACGGCAGGAAUCAAAGCCAAAGCAAAGCAGGAUGCCACCAGCACCACCCCCAGAGCCAAAGAAGAUGCACCCCUUGAAAGUGGAGGAAAGCAGGACAAAGGUAUUUACUACACCGAUGGGGAGUACCUCUAUGGGCCCUAUGAUCCCACCAAUGGCAAACCUCUCUCCAGCAUAACCAUCAAGCCCAUAGAACAUGGCCCAAACGCCCAAAUGACGCCAUCAAUUUCGAAUGAAAUUAAAAAAGAUACUCAGGCGGAAACAAUUGAAAAAAAUCAACAGCAAAACGAGAUUGCCGACCUGACGGCUAAAUAUGAACACAUACAGAAAUCCAUAACGGAACACCUAAGGCAAAUCGAUGCAUAUAUUGAAAAUGCAAAAACGGCAUUGAAGCGUUCCAUGCAGGCAGAGAAAACGCAAUCCAAGGACCAGCAAUCUGCCGAAAAAGCUGAGUCAGGCACCAAAGGUGGAGGAGGAAACCAAGCAGAAACCCUUAACACCCCCGAGACUCCGUUACAAACGAUUUUAAAGAAAAUCGCCUACAUCAUGGAAGAGGUGAAGCCAACUCCUCAUGCUGUUAGCCAGCCACAAGGGCAAACCGCAGAAUCAUUAUCAGCAGCAUUUGGGCAAAUUGAGGAAUCAAUGCCCCAGCCCGGCCUAGAGAACAUGGCCAUAGUGGAUAGAGUUUUAAGUGAUCUUAAUAAGUUGACUGACCAUUUGAAGGAGCAGGAGCCACCACUGGACAUAGUCGACCACAGAAGCUUGCAGCCUUUAAUAGAUAAUCUCAAGCAAAUGCCAUCGUUAGAUGUUAAAUUUGAAACAUGGCCCAAGGCCCAAAAAGUAUCAUAUGUGCACAUCGAGGAGCAGAAGGAGGGGGGAGAGGGCCACAAAAUGCCAGCAACCUCAAACAAAUUAGACGAGCCGCAACAGAAGGUGGCAGUAGGUUCCCAGGAAAAUGACGAAAAAUGCAAACCAAUAACUGAUGCAGGUCAAAAGGAAACUUCAAAAUGCCAAACACCAGCUCCAGCCAUAACCUUAACACAAACAUUACAGGAGCAGGAACAUGAACAUGAGCGUUCCGCAUCUGGAAAUUCGAAACUAGUAACUUCCAUGGAAAAACCAACAUCCAAGAGUCAUUCGAUGGCAUCAGGAACAACAACAGUGUCUGGAAAUAACCUUAGCAAGGAUUUGGGGAAAAAUUUAGUUUCCGAAUUUAUAACGACAUACCAUCAGCAGGAGCAACUACUGGACCAGGUAAUUGACACACUUGGUAAGUGUAAUCAACAGCAACAACAACAGCAUAGCCAAAUCAAAAAAGAUGUUGGACAGCUCAAACCCAAACAAACCAGCCAUCAAGUUGCUACCAAUAAUGAUGCCGAUGCUGAUGCUGGCCAUGGAGCUCGUCAGCGUCAGCAUAAAGCAGGUGAUGAGAUGGCCAACAACAAAGGCAAAAAAUCAAAUUUAAAUCAACCUGCAUCAUCACAAUUGCCAGCAAACAGAGAAAAGAAUGCGGCCGUCACACAUUCCGUGCGACAAGUGGCACGAAAUUUGGAUACUGGAGCUGAUGAGACGGCAGAAAAUAUUGCUCCUGCUCCUGGCAGUGGCACACCAUUACACGGCGGUCAACGAAACGAUAGACCUCGUCUUAAAUUGGCUAUUAAAAAUGCAACGGGCAUUAUGGCUGAUAAGCAAUUUCCUAAAUUUGACAAACAACUAACGAACUCUGGCCGUCCAAGCCACAAACCUGGGAAAGAGCCCUCAAUAGCUGACAAAAGUGUCAAGCUGGAAGAUGAACAGUGCCGCCAGCAAGUACCAAAAACCACCCCAACGAAUGGUGACACUUACAAGUCGUCAUAUGAGCUACCAAGUCCUUAUGUAACCGAACGUCAAAUCUCUUGGGAGGAUGUGCAAGCAAACAUCAGCUCCACUCCAAAAUGCCAUGGGCACGAGAGCAAAAGUGUCAAUGUAACCGCCAGCAAAGAAAAGGAACCAACAGCCAAAGAACAAACACUGUCAAUGGCAAGUGGUCACGUUGAAAUGCAAUCAACGAUGCCGUCAAAAUCACGCAUGCAAGCUAGGCAAAAAUCUCAACCGCGGCAGGAGUCAUCCAUAUUACCACCUCCCCCACCACCUCCUCCGCCGCCUUUCUCGACAAAACUUGUGCCAACUGAUGAUAAAUUAAGAAAAUAUCCUGCUCCACUUAUUGAACCGCAUUUGGCAGCAAGGCGUUCAGCUUCACCAUUUGGCCUAAAUGCUGUGGACACAAAAGUGGCAAGUCAACAGAGAACACCUUCGCCACCAUUGAGGCUCGUUGAGGGCAAAAAUAAAAAGUCAUUAAAUGAUGGCUCAAAUGACACCAACUCCAAACAACGUACGCCAUCAGUAUCACCUGGACGUGGUGGGCAACAAGGUAGAAGUCAAAAUUUUACGGGGCCUCUACGCAAGUAUCCAGCUCCCUUGGCUGAACCAUAUCCACCACGGGGAUCUGUUUCUCCAAUCGAUCCCAUCUACACCAGACAACGUUCCAAGUCAAUGUCUCCAGCCAGAGUGGCCCCACAAUCCACCACAUGUUUGCGCAAAUAUCCUGCGCCUUUGGCUGAGCCAUAUCCACCGCGAAGAUCGAUGUCACCAUUUGAUCAAAUUUUUUCGAAGCAACGUUCGAAAUCUGUAUCACCAGGGAGGGUGGGUAAUGUUUCAGAAACAUUACGCAAAUAUCCUGUUCCUUUGGCGGAACCAUAUCCACCACGUAGAUCGGUUUCACCGUUUCACUGCAAGCAACGUUCCACAUCCAAGUCUCCAGCAAGAGAGGCGAAUUCAACGAACUUAUUACGCAAAUAUCCUGCCCCAUUGGUUGAACCAUAUCCUCCUCGAAGAUCUUGUUCGCCUUUUGAUGUCCAGCCACGUUCCAAAUCUAAAUCUCCAGUAAGAGCCGGGCAAUCAUUGAAAUCCCACAAAGAAACACCACCAUUACCUUUCAUCGAAGCCAAGUCGCAGCCUCAUGAUACUUCAUCUGCCACACAACGUUCCAAAUCGAAAUCAUCCGCCAAGAACCCUAAUGAAGACUCCAUUCAUGCCAUACGUAAAUAUCCUGGCCCUCUGGCAGAACCCUAUCCGCCCCAAAGAGCCAAAUCCCCAUUUGAGGAAUAUUGCACUACUAAACGUUCCAACUCACCAAGCUGGGCAAAACCAGAUGGCUUAGAGAAUAAAUUGCACAAGUAUUCCGCACCACAAACGUCGACAAUUAAGGCAAUUCCCACACCGCCGCCACCGCCUCCUCCACCACCAUCAAUGUCCCUGGAAAAAAGCACCCGAAAUAUUUCGCCAAUACGCAAAUAUCCAUCGGCACUCAUUGAACCACAUGUACCUAGCCGCUCGGCCUCACCAUUUGGCUUGAAUGUUGUGGAUGACAAUUUUGGCGAGUUCCAAGAACCAAACCAGAGGGCCCACACACCAUUGGGUCUAAAUGCUGUUCUCCCACCACCACCAGCAUUUGACGAUGUGUCAACUACAUCUACAAUGCGUAAAUAUCCCUCAGCCUUAAUUGAAGCUCAUGUAGCAACAUCAAGAGCAUCUUCCCCUGCCGGGUUAAAUGCCGGGCAUACAAAUUUGUCGGAAAAAAUGACAUCAAUACAAUCGCCCUCACCUGUUGGGCGCCACAAUAAAACAACUACAACUCCACAAGAGCACAAUGCUCCACCAAUCGUAUCAUACGUGCCACAGGUGGAAGGUCAAAAUGUUGGUCUCUUGGUGCAUGCAGUCGCCAUUCCUCCACAAGCAUCUGCCACCGCUGUUAUGGUCACGGACUCAACCGUAAAACGAUAUUCUCCCGAAAACGAGUCGUCAAAUAUUCCAAUCAGCACGGCACGUGGCAAAAAUGCCAGGACAUCAUUUUCAAAUGCAGACCGCAAAUUUGAAACAGAUGACAAGGAUGACCAAUCACAAGAAUUACAAUGUAUUAAUACAUUCGAUACAACAGGACAUGGAGUAUUGGAAAUAAACAACCAAAAUAACAACCGUAUGCCUAGUCUGACUGAUGCCGAUGAUAAAAAUGAGCCAUCACAGAGGAGGGCUGCAACGACGACAUCCACGACGACGGGAAUGUUGAAAUCAAAUCUCCCAUCAGCAACUAUGUCAUCAUCCAACGAACAAGAAUAUCAGCAUUUUGAUCAGCAACAUUGCCACAUGACCGCAGAAAUGGUCAAUUCUCUCGCAUCUGUUAUUAAUCGCUCAUUUGAUAAUGUUUCGCCUCGGCCAUAUAUCUCUAUUGAAGUGUGUUGUUCAUCAUGUGCACUUGUCGAUGACGAAGAUGAUGAUGAUGAUGAUGAUGGUGGUGAUGACGGUGAUGUGUAUAACGAUAGGUCAUUAAUUGCUUAUCCACAUCCCUGUAUCAUCACUAUUAGUACCUAG